ACGUACGACAUCGUCACUGUAACUGUAUAAUUGUUCGUUUUCACAUGACUCGAAGUUUUUAACAGACACAUACUGGUAUAUAGUUGUGCACAAUUGUGUAGUGAUAGCUCUACGUGUUAUUAAGAAGUCCACGAAACGAUAAUUUGAUUAAGAUCAAAGAUAAAAGUGAAAUCCUAUAUCGCGAACGUUAUAUUUGAUCGAUUAUAUCAUUUUAUCUGUGAAGCAGACUUUUAUAACAAUUGCAACUAAAAGUACGAUUAUUUCACGAAGAUGAGCUCGACGCCUCCGUGGAGUGAUACAGAAGAGCCUAAAAGUGGCAUGGAAUUAAUUGAAAUGGCACGGAUCCUGAAGAAUUAUAACACGUGGGACGCCUUGUGGAGUGUCUUGUCCGAAAUUGACAAACUUCCACAACCAUUGUCAAAAGAAGACAGGCCUGAUUUGCUUGUAAUUACAAUUAAAUCCAAUGAAAAACAGUGUUCUAUUUGUCUAAAACAAUUCGAGACAGGGAAUAAAGCAAUAUUCAUGCCUUGUGGGGAUAUAUUUCAUGAUGAAUGCAUAAUACCAUGGAUAAGAGAGACUUGCAUGUGUCCACUCUGCGGAUGCCAUUUGAAGAUACCAGCUUAUGUAUAUAAAAGGAACUAUGAAAUGUACAAGAAAAAAGAGAAAGAAAGAGAGGAUUUGGAAUUAUUACCUAAUUCUAUGUCUAGUAAAUGUGUUAUAUUUAAGUAAAAAAUUAUUUUUUACUUUAUAUGCACUUUAUUUUUUUAUG